CUUGAAUUUAGAAAAAAAAAAAAAAGAAUUUAUCUCAAAAAAGUAGAAGAAAUAUGUAGAAAAAAAAAAUCCAAGCUGAGUCAGCCGAAUAUAAGGGGCAUACUCUUCCCUCCGUCGGUCGGACAAGGUUUUUCCGGUCAGUCACUCUUUUCUAUUGUAGUUAUACAUAUAUCACUGCGCUUUCGUGAUUUUUCUCCAAUUGUUCAAAUCCGAUCAAUCUAGGGCUUUUCAUUACCCCCAAAAUCUCUCUCAUCAAAAUUUUGGGGUUUUUCCUCCUCUCUUUGCUAGGGUUUCUGUACAUUAUAGCCUGACUUUGCCUUACAAAAUUUCGCUUUCUCCUUUGUAAUCUGUUUAUUGUAUUUGAAAAAUUAGUUAUUCGGAUUCUCUCUCUCUCUCUCUCUCUCUCUCUCUCUUAGAUAUAUAUAUUUGGAACCGGUUUUUGCUUUCAAGUAUUUACAGGAAAUAGAAAACAAAAAGAAUGGCCUCAUAUAAGCCAUUCCCACCUCCACCACCUCAAAAUCAAAACCUUCUUCCACUUCAACAACAACAACAACAACAACAACAACAUUAUGGUCAAAAUUACAAUCAAAUGAAUCCGAAUUCAAACUAUCAUUACCCUUCUUCAAGACCGCCCCAACAACAACAACACCCACCACCUCCACAGCAGCAAUAUUCUUAUCCCCUUCCCCCUCCUCCACCUCCGGAUUCUUCCUAUCCACCUCCCCCACCCCCUCCUUUGCCUACAAUGCCACAAACUACGAUCAACUCACAGCCACCAAUGUACUAUCCAUCUUCACAGUACUCAUCACAAUAUGGUAAUCAAGCAAUGCAGCCACCUCCCCCACCGCCUCCCCCAAGUUCUCCGGGUUCUUCGAUCCCUCCACCACCUCCCCCAAGUUCUCCUCCACCGCCACCUCCUCCAAAGGAGAGUAUUGGGGAUCAGGGGUUAAGUGAGCGCAGUAAAGGGGGGAAUAGGGAUUUUUCGGGGUCUGGAAGGCGUGAACAUGGGCAUUCCCAUCAUGGGAUUGGAGGUAGAGAGCAGAAGCCGAUAUUGCCUCAUCCGAAGAAGCCAAAUGGACCUGCGGGAAGGGUGGAGACCGAGGAGGAGAGAAGGUUGAGGAAGAAAAGGGAGUUUGAAAAGCAAAGGCAAGAGGAAAAGCAUAGGCAGCAGAUGAAGGAGUCCCAGAAGACCCAGAUGAUGUCUUCUGGAAAAGGGCAUGGUUCAAUGGUAGGGUCACGAAUGGGAGAUAGGAGAGCUACACCAUUUUUGAGUGGUGAGAGGAUUGAGAAUAGGUUAAAGAAGCCAACUACAUUCUUGUGCAAGUUGAAAUUCCGAAAUGAACUUCCUGAUCCAAGUGCACAGCCCAAACUCAUGAAUUUGAAGAAAGAUAAAGAUCGAUUUACAAAAUACACCAUCACUUCCCUGGAGAAAAUGUACAAGCCUAAACUUUUUGUUGAACCAGAUCUUGGGAUACCACUUGACCUGCUUGACCUCAGUGUAUACAAUCCUCCCAGUGUUAGACCACCUCUUGCCGCAGAGGAUGAGGAACUCUUGCAUGAUGAUGAAGCUGUAACCCCUAUAAAGAAAGAUGGUAUAAGACGAAAAGAAAGACCCACUGACAAAGGUGUUUCUUGGCUGGUUAAAACACAGUACAUAUCUCCGCUUAGUAUGGAAUCAACAAAACAGUCUUUGACUGAAAAGCAAGCAAAAGAACUGAGAGAGCUAAAGGGAGGCCGCAAUCUUUUGGAGAACCUUAACAAUAGGGAAAGACAAAUCAAAGAAAUUGAGAAAUCAUUUGAAGCAUCCAAGUUACGACCUGUCCAUGCAACCAAUAAAAACUUGGAGCCUGUUGAAGUUAUUCCUCUCUUACCUGAUUUUGAUCGGUACAAUGAUCAGUUCAUUAUGGUGGCAUUUGAUAGUGCUCCAACAGCUGACUCCGAAGUCUUCAGCAAGCUGCAUGACUCUGUUCGUGAUGAGCAUGAAUCAAGGGCAAUUAUGAAAAGUUAUCUGGCACCAAGCUCAGAUCCUGCUAAUCCUGAGAAAUUUUUGGCAUACAUGGUGCCUUCUCUUGAUGAGUUAUCGAAGGAUAUGUAUGAUGAGCACGAAGAUAUCUCAUAUUCUUGGGUUCGCGAAUACCAUUGGGAUGUAUGGGGUGAUGAUGCAAAUGAUCCAACAACAUUCCUUGUUUCCUUCGAUGAAGGAGAAGCUCGCUAUGUGCCUCUUCCGACAAAGCUUAAUUUAAGAAAAAAGAGGGCCAGAGAAGGAAGAUCCGGUGAUGAGAUUGAACAUUUCCCUAUACCUUCCAGAAUAACUGUAAGGAGGAGAUCAACAGUUGCUGCAAUAGAACUGAAAGACCCAGAGGUUUAUUCCAACUCGAGGGGCGGUAUGUCAAGCUCAAAGAUAGGAAGAAGGCUAGAUGCCGAAGACAGCCUCGGAAGACCUCAGAAGCUUGCACGACACCAAGAUGUUGAUCAGUAUAGUGGAGCUGAGGAUGACUUGUCUGAUUGAUUGGUAUAUGAAAAUGGUAGCCUUUCAGAAGUUUUCUAGGAGUUUUGUAGCUGCUGGGUACUCACUGACCCUGAGUUACUUCUGUAAGCCACAACCAAAUAAAUCAAGAUAGCUAGAUAUCCCCCAUAUUUGUGUUCCUAACAUAUAUUUGUUUCUGGAUCGUAGUUAGAUUCAGUAAACUUAGGUUUUUCCUUUUUUUUUUUUUUUUCACCUUGAAUACGAGAUUGGUUCGUGGAAAGUUGAAAAUUCUCUUUGGCAAGGUGAUUUCUCUAAAUCAUUCAAGAAAUGGAUGAUUUUUGCGUUUAUUUUAGUUUAAGAGAAUUUAAGAUUAUUGUGUAUGAUUAAAAGAAUGUAAGAUUGUUUAAUAAUAUCUUAUAGAGGAAAAAGGGGAAAGAGUAAAGGUGUUGUAUAAAGAGAUUGAGCAAAUGUAAGUUAGAAUAAGCUGGUUUCACC